ACUGUAGCUACAUGAGUUUAAAAGCAGAUUGAUCGAGUCAUCUACGUGGACACAUCGCCAUGCCAUAUGUUAAAGCAUUGAAAAAAAGCCAGCCAUCAUCAACAUUGUUGGACAUUAAGUCACAGAAAUGUGGACUGAGGUGUAAAGUUGUCUCGGCUAAUGGAGAUGAAUAUACAGGAGAGUGGCUGGACAAUAAGAAGCAUGGGAAGGGAACUCAGGUUUGGAAGAAGUCUGGUGUCAUUUAUAAUGGAGAGUGGAAAUUUGGAAAACGUGAUGGCUAUGGUACCUACAGUGUGCUGCUCCCAGACACAAAGCAGUAUGCAAGGAAGUACUGUGGUGAAUGGAAAAAUGGAAAGAAGCAUGGUUAUGGCACUUACCUCUACAACCCUGAAGUGUAUGAGGGGGAGUGGAGUGAGGACCAUCGGAGUGGCUGGGGAAGAAUGUAUUAUGAGAGUGGUGACAUCUAUGAGGGAGAGUGGAUGGAGGGAAAGAAUCACGGACAGGGCAUCAUACGAUUUGCAAAUGGAAAUUGGUAUGAAGGGACCUGGCGAGAUGGCAAGAAGAACGGUAAUGGGAAGUUCUACUAUUCUGACAAAGGCAAGCUUUAUGAAGGCUUUUGGGUGGAUGGAGUAGCAAAAUGUGGGACCCUGUCUGAUUUUGGGAGGGAUGAAGCACCCACACCGACAAAGUAUCCAAUUCCACAGCUCCAUCUGGUGGAUAUGCAGUCUGUUUUAAAGGAAGCCCAGUCAGCCCACCUCGAGAGGAUCAACAGCAAGUUUCCACUCCAUGACACACUCACAGACAAAGAAUAAUGAAAGAAAACGCAUGGCAUGAUGACCUUUAGCCUGUUCCUUUUUGUCAAAAAU